CAGGAAAUCUCAUCUAAUCAACAUUUAGAUCUGCUUUUUAACUCAACUGCUUCAUUUUCCAAGCCAGCCAUGAAUCAGAAUUUCAAACUGGCGUCAUUUCCCAGUCGGUUACCAUCGAAACCGCCUUUCAAUUGGACACCCCAUCCAUCAUUUAACACAUGGACUAACGGCUGCCGCCGCAGAGUAAUUGCAACAUGCCAGACAAAAAAGCAGCAACAGCAAGAGCAACCAAAUUUAGUGGCACACGGCGGCACGUAUACUCGCACACAUACCAGUCUGGUUACGCUCUGCCGGUCAAAAUACGAGUCCAAUGCAUAUAGGGAACCCAACUAUCCGCGAUCCACACUCAGACAUAGCAACACACUAUAUAGCAACCUGAAUUGUUGGGUAGAGUUCAAGCAGUUAUCUGAUACAUACAAACGUAGAAUGUUAAAUAAUAUUGCCCAAUACUCGUUGUCUUCUUAUCAGUACUCUACUUAGUAGUAUAAUUCCCUUACUGUCUUCUAAAGUCAUGAAUAAAGUGGGUACUACUUGGAAUAACUCUGUAA